AUGGCUUGGGAGUAUGCGGUGGUCCCUCACGAUUCCAUUCAGGAAUUCUAUCCAGUGUGGCCUUUCUUGGGUUGGCGUGCUGCGAGCACGAGUCUCAGCGAUCUUUGGGCGACGGUCCUCCGUAAGGAGGAGGAAGGCAUCUAUCCAUGCUGUAUCCGUGGUCUGGGGUUCAGUGCGUCCACCAAGUAUUUCUGUUCCCAACGAAUGUUUCUUGCAGUGCAGCUCGAGGCUUCACUGCUCAUCUACAAGCAUACGCAGAAUCAGCAGGUCAUAGUGGCGAAGCCCAUCCGGAAGAUCAUGGCCCAAUUUUUCGUUGAAGCAGCUACUGUUUUCAGUGUGCGGCUGACCUUGCGGUUGGAUGCAUGCUUCAACAACGGUUCCAGCGAGAGUUGCAGUGUCGAAGUUCUCAUGAACACAGAUAAGAAAAUCGAGGAUUUGCGGGACCUCUCCAUUUAUCAUGCUCGGCAGGUGUUUACAGAGCGCGAAGUGCUGUCAUCCCAAGACUCCUGGUAUUUCUUGGAAUGUCUCAUGGUCGAGCAUAAGAAAGAUCGGCUAGGCUACUGGGUUCCCGCAGCAAGGCCUGCGGCCAGGGAGUGA